UUCCGGCUGGCCCUCAGUUGGUUGGUGGUGUAUCCUUACUGCGAGCUGGGGAGUUAACAGUAUCGGAGAGAGAGGAACCACUGAGGGUCACAGUGAAGAGGGAGCAGACGCUGAAAGUUACGAAUUAUUCGGUAGAUGAGCAGAGACCCGGUUGGAGUCUUUGCAUUCAUUUGCCCGAUUGUCGGCGCACUGAAAGUCUCACAACUAUGAUGUGCACAGCGGCCUGGACACACACUCACUAAAAUCACUAAAGACAAAACUUAGGAGGAACCAACCAGAAGCAACAAUGAAGAAGCAGUUUAAUCGGAUGCGGCAGCUCGCCAACCAGACUGUCGGCAGGGCUGAGAAAACAGAGGUACUAAGUGAGGACCUUCUGCAGAUUGAGAAACGCAUGGAUACAAUAAGAAUUAUUUCCCACAACACCUACAAAAGACUGGCUGCAUGUUUGCAAGUUCAGCAGGGCACAGAAGUGGAGAAACGACAUAAAAAGUUGCCGCUGAUGGCUCUUUCCCAAAGCAUGCAGGAAGGAAUUGUCUGCUUGGGGGAUGACUCUCUUAUUGUGAAAUUGCUGGAAACAUGUGGUGAAGCAGAAAAUAAAUUGGCAUUUGAGCUUGCCUGCUACGAAUCUCAAAUUGAGAGAGACAUCCUUGAUCCAGUCAACAACCUGGCAGAAAUGGAGAUUCCUAACAUUCAAAAGCAAAGGAAGCAGUUGGCCAAACUAGUACUAGACUGGGACUCAGCAAAAAUGCGGUAUAAUCAAGCGCACAAAGCUGCAUUUUCAGGAGCUAAUUUCCCAGCAGUAGCAGCAAAGAUUGACUCCCUGAGGGAGGAAAUGGAUGAAGCUGGAAAUAAAGUAGAACUCUGUAAGGAUCAACUUGCAGCUGAUAUGUACAAUUUUAUUUCUAAAGAAGGUGAUUAUGCAAGAUAUUUUGUAACGUUAUUAGAAGCACAAGCAGAUUACCAUAGAAAAUCACUAGCAGUCUUAGAGCGAGUUCUCCCUACAAUCCAAACCCAGCAAGAUACAUGGACAGAGAAGCCUGCAUUUGGAACUGCAUUAGAGGAACACCUUAAGCGUAGUGGCCGUGAGAUAGCACUCCCUAUUGAGGCCUGUGUAAUGAUGUUGUUAGAAACUGGCAUGAAAGAGGAGGGGCUGUUCCGAAUUGCUGCUGGAGCCUCCAAACUGAAAAAGCUAAAAGCUGCAUUGGACUGCUCUACUUCCCAGCUUGAGGAAUUCUAUUCUGAUCAACAUGCUGUUGCAGGUGCCUUGAAAUCGUACCUGAGAGAGCUGCCGGAACCUUUAAUGACAUUCCAGCUUUAUGAUGAAUGGGUCCAGGCUGCAAGUGUACCAGAACCUGACAAGAAGUUACAAGCCCUCUGGGUAACCUGCAGCAAAAUGCCAAAGUCAAACAGUUCCAACUUCAGGUAUCUUAUAAAAUUUCUCUCAAAACUUGCACAGAAUAGUGACAUCAACAAAAUGACUCCAAGCAACAUUGCGAUUGUGUUGGGGCCCAACCUACUGUGGGCUAAAAAUGAAGGAACGCUGGCAGACAUGGCCGCAGCUACCUCUGUCCAUGUAGUUACGAUCAUUGAGCCAAUAAUCCAGCAUGCAAAUUGGUUCUUCCCAGAUGAUUUAGAUUUCAAUGUCUCAGGCAUGUUUACGCCAAUGACUCCUGCCAAUCACCUUAAUAAUUCUUCCAUGUUUGGAGGUGACUAUGAUAGUAGCACACUGGAGAGGAAAAGGCCUGUAAGUGUGGCAGUAGUUGAAGAUAUACUGAAAAAAGACAGCCUGGGUGUAAAAGUUAUUGAGCCUCAGUUGAAUCCUCGUAGAGCUGCCACUCUGAUCAGGAAGCACACUUGCCCAACUGUCCAGCCGCCUCCCCCUCCUAUCGAGGCUGUCUCUAUCAAUGAGCAGCAGCCAUCAGGGUUGGGCCCUGACUCUUACCCAGCAGCUGCUGCUGUUGCUACUGCUAGUGUGACUGAGCCUCAGCCUCAAGAAACUGAUGAAUACAGCCUUUCAAAGUCCAAAGACGUUGCUAGCACUCCGCCGCCUGUGAGAAAUGAUGCUAGCACAGCCAGUGGAGGACAGAGCCCAUCACAACCAACUGGAAUAGGGCCUAAUCAGCUUAAUGUUGCUGCAGGACCAAGCACAACUGGUCCUAGUCCACAUGUAAUCAGAAGAGCAACAAAAAAGCCUGCUCCUGCUCCUCCAAAACCUUCAAAUCCACCUCCUGGGCAACCUGUGGGUCAUGGAACAAACCAGCCUGCUAACCAAGUUUCUUCGCAUUCACCAAAGCAGCCUAACCAAGCUGCCAGUCCAUCUUUGGGUCAGCCUGGAAGCCAGAGUCCUGUUCAAUCCCCUGGCCAGUCAUUUUCUCAACCUACAAUCCAGCCACGCAGGCAUUCUAGUAAUCAAAUGGUUAUUCAUGCCCCCAGUCACCCCCCACCUCAACCUCCACCACAGCCUAUCAAUCCAUAUCCGUGUAAAGCACCUUGUGAGCAAUCGAUGGAUCAGUCGUCCAAUAGCCCACCUGGCACACCAACUCCCCCCAAUACCCCUCCAUUAGGGGCACAUAAUGUGAGCUUCCACCUAACUCAGCACUCCACAUAUGCUCAAGGCCCCCCUGCAAAUCAGGACCUGCAGUCCCAACAUUCGCUUCCCCCACAGUUUGCUACUUUGCCAAGAGCACGACCAGUACCAAAACCAAGAAGUCGACCCAAUGUUCCACCACCUCCCCAGCCACCUGUAACAGCUGCUGCAACAAACUGUUCCGCUCCUGCAGAGCAUGCAUCGUCCAAUGUGGCAGCUACGGCUUCAAAAAUAGUUACUGAUGUCUGACCAGAAAAGUACUGUUUGAGCAGAAUGGGGAGAGUUAAUGAUUUUGAUUCUACUGUGCAAGAGCAGGACUUGAACCAGUCUAAGUCUCCUGUGGAGUUGAUGCCUGCUGCAGGCAACAUGGAACUUAGAAAACAUGAGCAGCAAGACAUUGACGAUGACUCGGAGAGCACUGCUUUGUGAAGGGUCCCAACACUCCAGCGUUUGCACCGCUAAGCUAUCUUCUUAGGAGCUUGAUUCUGCUGCUGUCCUGAGGAUACGCCAUCUGCAAAAAUAACUCAAGAAAGAAAAGAAUCCCUCUUGGUUAUUUUCUGCUAGAUGUGUUUAUGUUGCAUGGACUAUGAUUAAAGGUUUCAUCAGUGCCACUAUGAUGAUCUAAUCAAUGCCACUAUUAUGGAUUCAUCAAUGCCACUAUUAUGGUCUCUAGACUGAUCCUACGUUUUGUGGUUCAGACAGGAGAUCCAUCUGAAAGACGUUCACUUAUUGCAGGAAACUGUGAUUACCUGAAAAGCAAUUCCUCUCUGGGAUUUUGACUGUGGGUUAACAGCCAAUGAUUUGGUUACAGUUAGGUUAACAGUGCCUUGUUCAAUUGUCACCAAGUUUCUGGAUGGAAAUUCACUGUGGUUUUACAUUUUUUCCCUUUUUUUAAAUGUUGUACUUUGAGCAGUAUCCAGAUUUUGUACAAGGUAAUUAUUUCUGUGUUGAGUUCAACACAUACAAGAAAAUGGUACUGGGCUGAGACAGUCUGCUCAAUCUGUACAUUUGUAUUUAUCCUUAAUGCAGUUUGCUUGUAAGAUUAAUGCUAAACCGAUUGUACUUGGUUGGUAUUCACUUUGCUAUGUUCUUCUAUUUAGCGUAAAGUGCACUUCUUGCCUUAGGUCUUGUUUUGCAUACAAGGCAAUUUUAUAACUUUAAAUCUGAACAAAUAACCUUAAUGCUGUUUUCAUAAGUCUGAAAAUCUUAUGAAUUAUAAACAAAAUACAUUCUGAAAAAUGUCAUGUACUAAAAAGAAAAUAAAAUAAACAACUCGG